AUGUCGACGUCGGUCUCCAGCUUCGAGCUGGUGACCCUAAAGUUCACAGGAGAAGAGACGUGGCGCGACGAGGUGGUGGUGGGGCGGUGGCGGCCGGGAAGUGGAUUCGAGCCGCCGUCAGCCGACCUCUUCGCUGACAGGACUGCAGACCUGCAGGGCCGACAGAUGGUUUUCGCAACAAUCAAUUACCCUCCGUACGUCGUACUCAAGACAGGUUCCCUCCCCGCGGAUGGCACCGAAACUCGCAUCCUAAUUGAGUUCACCAAAAAGAAGAAUGCGACGUGGCGCGUGGUGGACUGCGAGGAGGACAAGUGGGGCGCGAUCUGGCCGAACGGCUCCGGGAACGGCCUGCUGGGCGCCGUGGCGAUGGACGAGGCGGACGCGGGGUACGCGGCGGUCUACCACUGGUACCCCGAGUACCACUUCGUGGAGUACACGCGGCCCUACGUGCGCGCUGGCCUCACCUGCAUGGCGCCGCGCCCGCUGCUGCAACCCGGCUGGCAGGUGCCCGUGCUGCCCUUCUCGCCCCUCCUCUGGGCCGCCGUCUGGGCCUCCGUCAUACUCGCCACCGCCGCCCUCUACUCAGCCAGGAUGGUCUCCAGCUGGCUGCUCGAGGAUGGGCGGGCAGUCGGGCGAUACGCCACGGUGGAGGACUGCUUCUUCCGCUCUUUGGGCCUGCUGGUGCUGCAGACACCGGACGUGGAGCGGCGCCACACGCGUGUCGUGGGCCCCACGCGCCACGUGCUGUCCUGGCUGCUGAUCGCCUACCUGCUCGUCACCGCCAGCUACGGCAGCGGACUCUCCUCCGUGCUCACCAUACCUCGAUACGAGCCACCAAUCGACAGCGUCGUCGACUUGCGCGACAGUGGUUUGGAAUGGGCUGAAACGCACAUUGCGUUUCUGAACUCGCUGAGAGGUCGCACAGAGCAGGUGUAUUUGGACCUAAUCAACCAAUACCGGGUGCUCACAGUGGAUAUUCUGAAGUCCAGGACUACCACACGUGAUUUGGCCUUCAUUAUCGAGAGACUUCCUGGAGGUUAUUUUACCAUUGGUGACUACAUCGACGAGGAGGCUGCAAGCAGAUAUCUACGCCCAAUGCGCGAGGAUAUUUACUGGGAAUACGUGGUUCUCGCAGUGCCAAAAGGCUGGCCGUACAUACAGCAACUAGAUGAACUCAUCGACAGACUGUUCGAAGCAGGAAUUAUGCACGCAUGGGAAGGACAGGUGGCACGCAAGUGGAUGGCACCGCGGGUGCAGCUGGCUGCACAGACGGGCCUUCGGUCGUACGCGCAGGCGCCGGACGGCCCGGUGAAGCUGCAGCUGACGCACGUGCAGGGAGAGUUCGCGCUGCUGGUGCUCGGUCUCUGCGUGUCGCUGGCCCUGCUGCUGGUGGAGAUUGCCGUCCACCGGAGGACCAAAACCAUCGCAGAAUUGAGGGGUCCAUCUGUCACUACACCGACGAUGAGGCGGCACUCAAAGAGGAAUAUUGUGGACAAAGAAAUAAACCAGAGGCUGGAAUGUGGGCUAAUUGAACUUUCAGAAAAAGUCAAUGGGUCAGAAGUGUUAGAAGAGUUUGGGCAGAUAUUUAAAGCUGUUAAACUUAAGGUUGAAAGGCUAGUUAUUGACUACCUGUCUGGCUGA